UUACAGGUCAAUAUGGAAGACGAUCGUUAUUUACCAACAAUGUUGUCGCCAAAGUCAGUUUUAAUCACUGGUUCUAAUAGAGGAAUUGGUUUGGAAUUUGUCAGGCAGUUUUUAAAAUUUGCGGAUCCACCAAAAUACAUUUUUGCAAGUUGCAGAUUACCAGAAAAAGCGUCGGAGUUGACUGAAAUUGCGAAAACUAGUCCCUGUGUACAUGUUAUCAAGCUAGAUGUAGCAGAUCAUAGUUCUAUAAAGAAUGCCAAGGCAGUUGUAGCAUCUGUUGUAGAAGAUAACGGAAUAAACCUUCUAAUAAAUAAUGCAGGAACCUACAGAGCUGAUGCUGAUAUUUAUAAUGUUUCGUGGGAGGAGAUGAGAAGAAAUUUUGAUGUGAAUGCAAUUGGUCCAUUAAUGAUUAGUCAGACAUUUUUACCAUUGUUAAAACAGGCUGCGGGCCGGAAAAAAGAUGAAGUUAUGUCUUGCAAUAAGGCGGCAAUUAUUAAUAUAUCAUCAGAUUUUGGUUCAAUAACAGAGAACUUUGGUCGAUUGUAUCCAUAUAGGGCAUCGAAGGCUGCUCAAAACAUGAUUACAUCAUGUCUGAGCAUAGAUCUAAAAGCUGAUGGCAUCCUUUGCACCGCUGUUCAUCCCGGGUGGGUGAAGACGGAUAUGGGAGGACCGAAUGCCAAGAUAAGCACGGAGGAAAGUGUCUCUGGAGUAUUCGCCAUCUUGAGAAAACUGCAAGGAGAAGAAGAAUCUGGAAAAUAUUAUGAUUCAACAUCAGGAAAAGUAUUUGGGUGGUAGGUCAUGCAGCUGACGAAGGGAGAGUUAUGUACCAUUUUAUGAUGCUUGGACGAACAAUUAUAAUUUGUUUCCUAUGACGCUACAUACACAAAACACAAAAAAUGCUCCGCAUGUAUAUAUGAAAGCAGGAUUAUUCUUUUAGAACAUGUGGUUCUUAGUGUGUUACUGAUGAAUUACUGAAAUUGCUACAUACAGAUGAGAAAGUUGUGUAAUUAUAAAGAUACAAGAGGUACAGACUGAUGGGCUGUCACGCAUUUGAAUUAUAAAUAUAUAUUGAUUUGAAUGGAAAUGUGUUCUAAUUGGAAAUGUGUAAACGAAAAUAACUGUAUCUAAAAUGCCCUGCCUAACCAGCCCUGGUUAAUAUAUGAGUUACGUGUGCAGAAAUAGAGGAUCGUACGUUGGUUAUUUUUAUAAUCAGAAUAAAAAAGUCAGAGACUCUGUCCAACAUCAUUUUUACCCAACAAAUUUAGUAAAUUCAGUAUGGAAAGACAA